GUCACAGCUUAUAUAAAGAGGCCAUCCUAGCACAAAAUUCUCAUACCCACAACUGGUCGAAUCUUUCACCUACUGGAAGAUAUCGAGUUCAUCGGGCUUGAUUCGUUAGUUCUAGAAGCGAUGGUCGUUAAAGGAAUAAGAUUUGCUCUUUCCUUCUUCUUCUUUGCCCUCCUCCUCAUCUUUGACACGUCUGCGGGUCAUGGUGGCAAGAUCCAAGCACGCAUCCCGUGCAAGCACCUUGUGUUCUACUUCCAUGACGUAAUCUACAAUGGCGCAAAUGCAAAGAAUGCCACCUCGGCCAUUGUCGGGGCGCCGGCCUGGGGCAACAUGACGAUCCUGGCUGGCCAGAGCCACUUCGGUGACCUUGUCGUGUUUGAUGACCCGAUAACCCUGGACAACAACCUGCACUCGACCCCAGUGGGCCGGGCCCAGGGAUUCUACAUCUAUGACCGGAAGGAGAUCUUCACGGCAUGGCUUGGGUUCUCAUUCGUUUUCAACUCCACCGAGCACAAGGGGAGCAUCAACUUCGCGGGAGCAGACCCGCUGAUGAACGAGACUAGGGAUGUGUCUGUUAUUGGCGGGACGGGAGACUUCUUCAUGGCCAGAGGAGUGGCUACUCUCAUGACCGAUGCAUUCGAAGGCGAAGUCUACUUCCGACUCCGGACCGACAUUAAGUUGUACGAGUGCUGGUAAUAAGUUGUUGUUCUAGUCCAAGUUCUCGGUGGUAAUAAGUUGUUCUUCUGGUUGAUAACAUUUGCUUCUUUUCCUUUUCCUUUUUUUUUCCCCCCUUUUGGCUUUGAGUGUUUGGCAUCUUACUAUGUUUAACUUUGGGGGAAGAUCUUCUGAUCACCCUUUGUGACAUUAGAUGUACCUUGAUUUGAAAACAAAGAAAUGUCCCAUAAUUAAUAAUUCCGCUUCAA